GUUCCAAAACUAUGACUAUUUGUUACCCCACCAUUAUUCAUAUUCGUAGGUAAAUAAUGUUCCUACGCCAUGGUGUUUACAUAAUUGUUGCCAAAUUGCUAUGGUUACUCUGUUCAGUUGUGCUGUUCUGUGGUAUUAAGAAUACGGAAUACGAAGGGAGUUAAACAUGUUUAGAAAAGAACGUAAUAACGAAAAGAAUUUAAGCAGGAGAUGGUGGCAAUUUUUCUGUACAAAAAAGGCUACUGCCAAAAGUGAUAUUAGAGUCAGGCCCGCGAUGAGGAAAACGUCUAAUAAAAAUGAAUUACCUUUAAAUAACAUGGUCGAAUGUCAUUCAGCAACAAUUACGUCUGUAGAGCUACAACAAUGGAAAGAAGUGCUGAAGCAAGCAGGUUCAGUUCAAAAGAGUACUAAUUGUUUAAAAUAUGAUCACACUGAUCUUCAGAGAAUUAUUGAAAAUAUGAAUAAAUGCAUUUUUGAAAGAAAAAUCCCAUCAAUAAAGAUGGAUAAUUAUGCUGCUGUAGAUGCAGAAAUUGAAAGACAUCGUAGAAAAUAUAACAACAAAGGGAAAUGCCAUAUUACAGAAGCUAAAAAUCCCAACCUUAAAUUUAAAAUUAAAUCCAUGCAGGAUAAGGUCCACAGCAAAACACAGUUAAAUAAGGAUAUUACGCAUUUCUUGAAGAACACUGAAGAGAGGCUGGUAUCGCAGGAUAAGAAUUCAACUGAGAAAUUUCAUGACAGGAAAGACAAAGAGAAAACAUUAUUUCGUGAGUACAAAAAGGUAAUAAGAGAUUGUUUGAAGGAGCUGAUGGAGGACCAUCAGAGUGCCCUAGAAGAAAAGAAUAAAUAUAUAAUGAGUUUGGGGAUAAUUAUAAGCAAACUGACAAAACAAAAUGAGAUGGCAAAGGACGAAAUAUGUGAGAGAGAACAAGAAGUCUCGAAGUUAAGGGCUGAGAAUACAGAUACGUUGAUUCUCCUCAAAAAGGAGCACCAAUGCGUACUAAAUUUAAAGAUGAGAAUCUUAAAGGAUUUCAAAGCCAAAAUCAUUUUCACACCAAAAAAAGAGAGGUUCACAUCGGAACUUUGUGGCAGAGAAUACCAAGGGAAUGUAUCGAUGACUGAAUAUAAAGAGAUUGGAGUUUUUGCGAAGAACCAGAAAGGUCCAAGGAAAAGGACAGAAAAGAAAGAGGCUCUAGUUUACUCAUCAUAUGCAGAGAAUGGUACACCUAGGCUUGGCACACAAAGACAUUUGGCGUCACUAAAGGCAACGAAACCUGCAUUAUUGAUGUAAAAGAAGCCUUUGUACAAUAAUUUGAAAAUUUGAAGACAGCAGGUUUCAUUUGAAAACCAUUAUGGUUACGCUACAUUAUGCCAGACACUUUAGCUAGGCGUGGUUGGAUUCGGAUAGAUUGCAUUAGGAUGCCAAGCCUUGGUUGGGUUAGGAGGCCAGACCUAACCUAGAUUAACCAAACCCGGCCUCCUAACUAAACCUUGGCUUGGCCUCUUUACUCAACCUACCCCAUCCCAACCACACCUAGCUAAACAGCCUACUUUAAUUUAGCAUAAAUACUGUAACUACCACACUACAUAUUAGUCUACUACACUUAACUUUAUCCUUUAUAGUGUGCACUACCCUACAACAAAUUGUGUCAGCAUCACAAUCAGAUGAUUCAUAAUUUUAUGUGUAACAAUGAAUGAUUGAAUUAAUAAAUAAAUGAGUUUGGUGUCAUAAAGUUAAA